GGCCCGGGCCUAUGCGGCCCCCCAGAGACCAUGGGAUCCAGGAUCAAACAAAAUCCAGAAACCACCUUUGAAGUGUAUGCAGAAGUAUCCUAUUCAGGAAUCAGUUGCGUUGGGAAAGAUCCUGAGGUGCGGAGGCAAUUCCCAGAGGACUACAGUGACCAGGAAGUUCUACAGACUUUGACCAAGUUUUGUUUCCCCUUCUAUGUGGACAGCCAUGCAGUUAACCAAGUGGGGCAGAACUUUACAUUUGUGCUUACAGACAUUGACAGCAAACAGAGGUUUGGAUUCUGUCGCUUAUCUUCUGGGGCCAAGAGCUGCUUCUGUAUCUUAAGUUACCUCCCAUGGUUUGAAGUCUUUUAUAAGCUGCUCAAUGUCUUGGCAGAUUAUUCAGCAAAAGGACAGGAUAGUCAAAGGAGUGAGCUUCUAGAAACACUUCAUAAACUUACCAUCCCUGAGCCAGGAACCUCUGUUCAUCUUGGAGUGCACUCCUACUUCACUGUGCCUGACAUGAGAGAGCUUCCUAGUAUACCUGAAAAUAGAAAUCUGACAGAGUAUUUUGUGGCAGUUGAUGUCAACAACAUGCUGCACCUCUAUGCCAGUAUGUUGUACGAGCGCCGCAUCCUCAUCUGCUGCAGUAAGCUGAGCACUUUAACUGCCUGCAUUCAUGGGUCUGCAGCUAUGCUCUACCCGAUGUUCUGGCAGCAUGUUUACAUUCCUGUUCUGCCCCCACAUCUAUUGGACUACUGCUGUGCCCCAAUGCCCUACCUCAUUGGAAUACAUUUAAGUUUGAUGGAGAAAGUAAGAAACAUGGCCCUGGAAGAUGUAGUGAUUCUUAAUGUAGACACCAACACACUGGAAACCCCUUUUGAUGACCUUCAGAGCCUUCCUAAUGAUGUGGUUUCUACACUGAAGAACAGACUGAAGAAAGUCUCUACAACCACUGGAGAUGGUGUUGCAAGAGCAUUUCUAAAAGCACAAGCAUCUUUCUUUGGGAGCUACAGAAAUGCCCUGAAAAUUGAACCUGUAAGAAAAAAGGACAGUAGCAGGUUGCCAGUGAAGGGUCUGUUCUGCCUGAUGAACUAAAAAAUUCAUGUUCAGGGUGAACCCAUCACUUUCUGUGAAGAAUCAUUUGUGUCCCAUCGUUCUGCUGUCAUGAGGCAGUUUCUUCAGAAUGCCAUUCAGCUCCAGCUCUUUAAGCAGUUCAUUGAUGGCCGACUGGAUCUCCUUAACUCUGGUGAGGGCUUCAGUGAUGUUUUUGAAGAAGAGAUAAAUAUGGGAGAAUAUGCAGGUAGCGACAAACUGUACCACCAGUGGCUCUCUACAGUACGGAAAGGAAGCGGAGCCAUUUUAAAUACAGUAAAAACGAAGGCUAAUCCCGCAAUGAAGACUGUCUAUAAGUUUGCAAAAGAUCAUGCAAAAAUGGGAAUAAAAGAAGUGAAAAACCGCUUGAAGCAAAAGGACAUUGCUGAGAAUGGGUGUUCAGCAGUGCCGGACGAGUCUCUGCCAAAGACAGCACCUUCUCCAUUGGGUGAAAAGAAGGACCCUAAAUUAAGAGAAGACAGGAGACCAAUCACAGUACAUUUUGGUCAGCAGCAAAGACUCCGUCCACCUCGGCCACCGCCUCCAAAGAUACAACGUUCAUCUAGGCCCGUUCGCCCACCAAGACCUCAUGUUGUUAAGAGACCCAGGAGCAAUAUUGCUGUGGAAGGACGAAGGACUUCAGUCUCCAGUCCAGAACAGCCUCAGCCCUACCGGGCACUGAAGGAGUCUGAUAGUGCUGACGGGGAGGAGGCAGUGAGUCCAGGGAAACCAAACGAGGCUUUGCCUCCCAGCCCCCUGCUCUCAAGCAGGGACACAGAAAUCAACCUCCUUGAAGACAUUUUCCCCAGCUUAGAAGUUGAAACACAACCUCAGCCUCUCAGCCAAGCAAAGAGCCUCGAAGACCUGCGGACUCCCAAAGAAGAGGGAGAUCAGCUAUGCACGUUUGAUUACCAGAGAAUGGAUCUUGGUGCAUCUGAGAGGAACAGGAUUGUGCCAACCAUGAAGCUGUCUCACCCUUACAACAAGCUGUGGAGUAUGGGUCAUGAUGACAUGGCUAUUCCUACCAAAUAUUCCCAAAGCUCACCAGAAAGGCCCUUGACUGCACUUGGUAACAUACCAGCCAUCACGAGGAGACCCCAGAGCAGAGACAGCAUUCUGGCUCCUGCAGAAAAGGAUGAAUCAAAUCCUGCCAUUCAAGGGAAUAUCACCAUUCCUAGGCCACAGGGAAGAAAGACUCCUGAACUGGGGAUAGUGCCACCACCACCAGCACCCAGGGCUUCCAAGCAUCAGACUCCAACUGUGCCAACAGAAAGUCUCUCUACCCACGCUACAGGACGUAACCAUUUGGUUUCAGAUCUUAUCCCAGAGCCCUUUGGAGUUGGUAGUGUGUCCCUAGACCCUGAAACACAGCAGUCUGUUAACUAUUCCUCUCGUCCAUCUCGGCUUUUGUCCAGUGCUACCAGCACUGCUGAGAUGCUCCAGCCUGUGAAGAUGAAGACAGAUAAUGCAGGUAAUGAAAGUGACUACCUUCUUAAUCUCCUGGAUCCACUGAAAACAGCAGACUGGCAAAGCAGUGGCCCACAGCAAGGUCUGCAGAGCUCAGCCACUCCACCUUCUGCAGCAGGCUUUGCCUCAGUGGCAGGUGACUUUGUGCCUCCUCCAGCUGCACCAUUUGUCCAGCCACUUGGUUAUCCUUCCCCAGCACCACUACCUUUUUUACAGCCAUCUCCUAAUCCAUUUACACAGACUCUGCCAGGAGCCCUUUCAGUAUCUCUAGUCAGGCCCCCAAGAGGCUCUUUCACCCCCUCUUUAGGUCAUGCUUACAGCUCUAGCUUCAUAACACCUCAUUCUACCUUCUACCCACCACAAAGACCUCAACCACACAUUUCCACACUAUCCAUGCCAAACUUGUUCAGCCAGGCUCCUGCUGUGCCACCAGCCAGCUCCCUGUUGCUGCAGAGCCACAGCCCUUCUCCAGCAGGCUCUCUGCAGCCAGCAGGUUUAAGUGGUCCUUCUAAAACUAGAGCACUGCAGGUGGGCCAGUCCAGCUUAAAGGUAGAUCCCAAGCAAGCACUAGCUUUCCUGUCUAAUGAACCCCCUUUGAUCCCUUCCAGGCCAGCUAAGGGCUUAGAGUCAGUGUUACUGUCCUCGAAAUCUGAGGAGACAAAAGAUCCAUUUGAAGAUUUGUUAAAAAAGACAAAGCAAGAUGUGUCAUCCACACCAGGUAAGGUUGAGCAGCUCAGAAAGCGAUGGGAAACCUUUGAGUAA